GGAGGAGGAGGAGGAGGAGAUUACCAUGGGUUGGGUAGGGGCAUCAGGUUUGGAAACUACAAGAGAAGGGUAUCAAGGAUAUGUGAUCUUGGCUGAAGAGAGAUGACUGCCCAUGGCAGGGAUGUUUGAAUGAGGUGAAUUUUAAGGUGCCCUCCAACCUAAGCCAUUCUACGAUUCUAUGACUGAGUGAAGAAGCCAAAUAAAAACUUAGUGGAUGGAAAAAUACUGCAAGGGGAGUGAAGCUGGAGGGUUAACCCAGAGAAGUAAGCUAGAAGAGUAGAUGGGCAUGACAUCCAAAGGGUUGUGUGGUUGAGGAGAACAAAUGUAUGCAUAUGCUUGCAUAUAUGUGUUACGUAUGUAUGUAUGAGCAUGUUACAUUGACAGCAAUGUAACAGCAUGCCUGAGGUGUUAGGACAUAGGAUUUGAAAACUGAAGUGAAUGAAAAGCCCUGCAGGGUUAUAGGCUGUCCUCUUGCACAUGGUGUGGGCUCAGAUGUCCUUGUUUGCUGCUCUCAACAAGUAUGUGGAAAACCCCCAGCAUAAGUGUAUCUUGGCUUGGUGCCAAAUAAGGUAACAAAGGUCAACCAACAUGUAUGUUAGUUAGCAAGAACCCCUGGCCCUGUGUGCUUCCACAGGGGAGAACGGAAACCUAAUGGAGUUGUGGAGGCAUUCCUACACAGCUUCAUAUCACAUCUAUGAUUUCAAUACAAGCUCCAUCUUAGAUGAUGCACUACUACCUAAUGACACACAAUAUAUAUCCUGGUCACCUGUUGGUCACAAACUGGCAUAUGUUUGGAAUAAUAAUAUUUAUAUAAAAGCUUCACCAACAGCAGCACCUGUGCAAAUCACUAGCAAUGGAGAGGAAAACAAAAUUUUCAAUGGAAUACCAGAUUGGGUUUAUGAAGAGGAAAUGUUUGGCAGCCAUUCUGCUCUGUGGUGGUCUCCAAAUGGCAAUUUUGUGGCAUACGCAGCAUUUAAUGACACAGAAGUUCCUGUUAUAGAAUAUUCCUUUUAUUCUGAAGACACCUUGCAGUAUCCUAAGACCAUUAGAAUCCCAUAUCCCAAGGCUGGAGCUAAAAAUCCAACAGUGAAAUUCUUCAUUGUGGAUAUCCAAAUGCUUCCUGAUUUUAACAGUACUGAAAUUUCUCCACCUGCAGAAAUAAAAUCAGGUGAUCAUUAUUUGAGCGUUGUAACAUGGGUAACAGAUGAAAGGAUCUGCCUGCAGUGGCUCAGAAGAAUUCAGAAUUAUUCAGUCCUCACCAUCUGUGACUUUGAAAGUGCAACUGGAAAUUGGACGUGUCCACAGGAAAAACAACUUCUGGAAGAAAGUACAACUGGCUGGAUUGGCAGAUUUCAGCCAUCUGUCCCUUAUUUUGCCCCAGACAAUACUACCUACUACAAAGUCUUCAGCAACACAGAAGGUUACAAGCACAUCCAUUACAUAAAUGGCACAGAGGCUCCAGUACCUAUUACUGAAGGAAAAUGGGAAGUAAUCAGCAUAGCAGCUGUAACCAAAUAUUUUCUGUACUAUAUUAGUAAUCAAAAUGGUGAGAUGCCAGGUGGAAGAAAUCUUUACAAAAUGCUCUUGGAAAGCAGUCCAAAAUCUACUCAGUGUGUUAGCUGUGAUUUGAAUCAAGAAAGAUGCCAGUAUUAUUCUGCUUCCUUCAGCAAAGAUGCACAAUAUUAUCAGCUAAAUUGUCUUGGUCCUGGCCUGCCUAUGUCUACUCUGCACAGAAGUAGUGAUGAUCAAGUCCUCAGGUACUUGGAAAAUAAUACUGAACUGGAAAAUUCACUGAAAGAUAUUCAAAUGCCCUCAAAAAAACUUGGCUCCAUUACUGUAGGAGGAUACAACCUGUGGUAUCAAAUGAUAUUGCCUCCCCAUUUGGAUUCAUCAAAGAAGUACCCUCUGCUCCUUGAAGUGUAUGCAGGACCCUGUAGUCAGAAAGUAGAUCAUGUAUUCCGGAUUAACUGGGCUACGUACCUUGCCAGUACAGAGCAGAUCAUUGUGGCCAGCUUUGAUGGCAGAGGAAGUGGGUACCAGGGGGAUGAGAUCAUGCAUGCAAUAAACCGAAGACUGGGAACUUAUGAAGUGGAAGAUCAGAUUUCAGCAGCCAGAACAUUUUCUGAAAUGAGCUUUGUUGAUAAGGACAGAAUAGCUAUUUGGGGUUGGUCUUAUGGGGGAUAUGUGACCUCCAUGGUGCUUGGCUCUGGAAGCGGCGUGUUCAAGUGUGGAAUAGCGGUUGCCCCUGUGUCACGUUGGCAAUAUUAUGACUCAAUAUACACAGAGCGAUACAUGGGCCUUCCUACAGAAAGUGAUAAUCUGAGAAACUAUAACAGUUCAACGGUAAUGGCCAGAGCUGAAAAAUUCAAGGAAGUUGAGUAUCUCCUUAUCCAUGGAACAGCAGAUGAUAAUGUUCACUUUCAGCAAGCAGCUCAGAUUUCCAAAGCUCUUGUUGAUGCUGAAGUGGAUUUUCAGGCAAUGUGGUAUACUGACAAAGACCAUGGCAUCAGCGGUCAAGCACAUAAACACAUUUAUACCCAUAUGAGCCAUUUCAUAAAGCAGUGUUUCUCACUGCCCUAACACAGCAAUGGCACUGCCCUUUUACUUGUUAGUGAUGGUUUUUCUCCAGAAAACUCCUUAGCUAACGUACACUGAGCCAGUAUAAACUUUUAAGAAUUAAGAUGGCAUAGGGGAGUCAGCUCUUAGGAUAUCUGAAUGAGUGUACAAUGAAGCACUAAUCUUAAUAAUGAUCUGUUACCUCUGUUGCCAAGCAACCAUCACAUUUUUGAUUGUUUAAUCAGGUUAUUAACAUCACCAGAACGUAUGUAUGUAUGUAGGUUGCAGACUUCUAGAAAGCACAGUACUUGAAUCAGGAACUUAUGCUUUCAGAUUUCAAUCUUAAAAAAAAAAAAAAAAAAAAAAAACCGCCAGAUUUUCUACUGAUGUAAUGAAUACUGAAAAUAACAAAGAACUGUCAUGAUAAUCAUAAUGUUCCCUCCCCCCACAUGAUUAUCUCUAUUAAAAUAUUGAUAAAACUUUGAAUAGAUUUUGCUGAAAUUACCUAAUGCUUGAUCAGUGAUUAUUUUAGAAAUAUCAGUAAUACUGCAACAUUAAUAAUUUAUAUGCAGAAUAAAACAGUUUACUUCAGUUCCUUGAGUUAUUAUUUAACUGCAAACUCUUGGAUUACAGUUGCAGAACCUUGCAUAGAAUGCAUGCAACCAUUCUCUUUUACCAGAGAUUUUGAAUGACACUUAAACCAGUGGCACUGAACUUGUUUCCUAUCUAUCUCCAUACUGUGCUAUUUACUUACUUCAUAGGCAAAAAGGUUUCUCCUGUGGAAACCUGCACUGGUACUGUAGCAGAUCAUAGAUGUUUCUCUAUGGGACAGAAAUCUUUAUUAAAAAUAAAUAAAUAAAUAAAAUCAUAUUUACCAA